UACUUUCCCUAUAAUACAUACCAACUAUUAAAUUAUAUUUCCUUUCUUGACUUCUUUUUGGCUGUGCCAUGCCUCACAAGUGUAACAAUCAGAAUUUCCUCACCUAAAGGAUUAAAAUUUAUUUUAGUUCUUUGAGCUAAAACACCAUUUGCAACGUAGUUAAAAAUAUCAACCAUUCAUUCCAAGGACGACAAAUAAAUUGGUGAAUUACAAACAUUUCGAAAUUUUAAUUCUAAUUUCAAAAGACAAUCGAUUGAUGUACUUUUACUCGUAUUUAGGCUUCACUUAAAACUUUAAAUAACUUUGGAGCUACAAAAAAAAUGGUUGGUCGUAAACCUUGUUGACGAAAAUACCAUCGAGUUAUACCAGACAACUGGUUAAAAACCAAAAAAAGCAUAUUUUCCUCCAUUUAAAACUUCGAAAUCCCACUACUUAAGUCUAGUGACCAAUCAAACUACACCCGAUGUAAUUUGAAAAAUUUUCCACGUUCAGAUUUUGGGAUCAUAUGGUUAUUAAUUUACUUUUUUUGUUUAUGGGUUAAAUAUUUUUUUUAGACACAUUCAGUACUGCAUGCAAAAAAGCAAAAAAAAAGCUUUACGUUCCGAUAAUAUAUCGUCUACUGACGAUUUGAUACAAGGAAAACGCAAACGCAAAAAAACAAGAAAUACGAACCUGACACAUCUGGCAGUAGCACGGAAAGUGAUAAUAUGCCAGCUCCGCCCCGCAAAAGCAGGAAGAAAUUAUUAUCAGCAAGAAAAAGAAAGAAAACUAAUAGCAGCGACAGCAGCCUGGACCUGGAUAUUCCAGUCCCUCCUCCCAAGAUUAUCAAAACAAAUGCGAAAGAAGUAGAAUUAACUGAGAAUGAGAAACAAUCUAGUCACACUACUGGUAGCGCAUCUACCAUAACACUUUUAAGAGAAGAGACUCUAACUACAUCUAAUAUCGAAAAAUGUCUUGAGGAAGGCAGAGCAGGGGUUCCUAUUUCAAAAACGAUAGUGGAGGGUAAGAUUAAAGUGGAAUUUAAAGACAUAUUCUAAUUUGUAACAAUUUUCAAAAAACAAGAAAACGAUGAUGAAGAUAACUUUAAAAAGGAAGUUUUAAGAAAUGUGUAUAUAAUUAAAAGAACCUUAGAAAAACAUACAGACAACUUCAAUGGGCUAUUGAAUAAAUCUUGUCAAGUUGAAAGAGAUUUCGACAAUAAGGAGUUACAGACAUUGAACCAUAUGAUUUUCCCUAUGUUAGCAUUUAAAGACAGUCGUUAGCUACUAAAUGAAUGUCGUUAAAUUUUA